AUGGAUUUUGAGAGAAACCUGCACAAAAGUGAUAUUGUCACAUCAGCCUCAGGAGUGAUAGCACUAUUGAACGAGGAAGAAACUAGUUUAAAAAUAUUUGGUUUGGAAAAGUUGAAUGCUAUUGUUGAUAUAUACUGGCCUGAAUUAGCUGACCAUAUUUUUAAAAUUGAGGAAUUAUGUGAAGAUCAGAAUUUUGUAGGUCGAGAGCUAGCCAAUUUAGUUGCCAGUAAGGUUUAUUUUCAUUUAGAAAAAUACCCAGAAGCUUUAAAAUAUGCACUGUGUUCAGGUAAAUUGUUUAAUAUAAAUGAAAAAUCGCAAUAUGUUGAAACAAUGUUGGCUAAAUGUAUUGAGAAAUACGUAGAAAUUAGGGAAAGGGAUUAUGAAGGUGAGGAUUUUAGCAAUGACGAUUAUUGCGAUAAUGACAAUAUUAAUGGAUACAACAACAUUAGUGGUUACAACAGUAGUAACAAUAACAACAAUAAUAAUAAUGUUAAUAAUGUUAAUAAUGUUAAUAAUGUUAAUAAUGUUAAUAAUAAUAAUAAUAGUAAUCAUGUUCCCGUUCAUAAUAAUAGCGGUAAAAGUAACCUUACCAUUAAUAAUGGAAAUAGUGGAGCUUCUUUUAUUGCUAGUAACGCGUACAAUACCAAUGUUAAUUAUAACAAUGUGGAUGAUGACAAUACAUACAGUAGAAGCAACUUUAGCCUGUAUAAUAAUUUUGACAACAAUAUUAGUAGUUAUCAUAAUAACAGUAAUACCAAUAAAGGUAUAAAUGAUAAGGACAUUUUUAAUUUGGAUUUAAAUAAUGAUAUAAAUAAAAAAAUGGAGCAAUUUGUUGAUGAGAUGUUAGAAAUAUGUAUAAAAAAUAAUAGCGUGAAAGAAGCGUUAGGGGUUGCUUUAGAUGCCAGACGUUUGGAUAAAGUAGAAUAUAUCAUUUUAAAUUCUCCAAAUAAAAUAGAAAUAUUACAGCAUUCUAUUUCUAAUGAAAGACAUAUUAAUACUACUAAAAAAUUUAGAAGAGAUUUUUUUAAACUUUUAGUAAAAAUUUAUCUUUCCAUGGAUGAAGAAGAAUUGAAAAACGAAUAUAUUAAUUUAUGUAAAUGUUUAUUUUAUGUAAAUGAUUAUGUAAAAGUUGCAGAGAUAUUAUUAAAUCUGUUACAUAAUUAUCAUUUGAUGGCAUAUCAAAUAUCUUUCGAUUUAGUAGAUUUAGAAAAUAGAAAAUUUUUAAAAAAUAUUUUAAGACAAAUAAAAGAAAUUCUUAUGAAAAAUAAAACGUACUAUUACGGAGAGGAAAAUUAUAGUACUAUUUCAUUCAAUGAAUUGAAAAAAGAUACAAUUAUUACGAAUGACAAUAUUUUAGUUGAACAGCAUGCAAAUGGGGAUCAGAGUGAAAGAAAAGAUAAUGCUCAUGCCGAUGCCGUUGCAACUUCGGCUGUUGUUGAUGAUAGUAAAAAUAAAAAUAAUAAUAUUGGUGAUAAUACAACUCCUUUGCAAAAUCAAGAAAAUAGUGUGAACGAAACGAUAGAGAAUGAAAAAGUACAGGAGGAGGAAUUGGAAAAAGAGAAUACAGACAAUGAUAAGAACAGCGAAUCGAAAAAGGAAGAUAAAAAUAAAUCAUCUGAUGAUGAUGUAUUCAUGUACGUACAUGAAAAACAUAAAUUAUAUGAUAAAAUAAAAAUAUUAGUUUAUAUAUUAACUGGAAAAGUAACCAUAAAUUUAUAUAUCGAAUUCUUGCAUCGUAACAAUCAUGCUGAUUUAAUAUUAUUAGAUAGUUAUAAGAAUGCUGUAGAUUCUAGAAGUAGUAUAACACAUCAUGGAAUUGUAAUAGCACAUGCAUUAAUGCAAACAGGCACUACAUGUGACGUUUUCUUACGUUCAAAUAUUGAGUGGUUAUCAAAAGCAAUUAACUGGGCUAAAUUUUCAGCCACUGCUUCUUUAGGAGUUGUAUAUAAAGGACAUGUAAAUGAGUCUUUCAUUGUUCUUUCAUCUCAUUUACCAUACAACGAUGUAACCCGACAGAUAGCAAACAAUUUAAACGUAGGUAUUUCACCAAGUGGUGUAUAUUCAGAGGGGGGUUCCUUAUAUGCUCUUGGUUUAAUACAUGCCUGUAAUAAUACUAAUGAUAAGAAGGUAAAAAAUUAUUUAUUAGCUCAAUUAAAAUUAAAUGUGAAUGAUGAAGUAUUACAACAUGGUUGUUGCUUAGGGUUAGGUUUAGUUUGCUUAGGAGAAAGUGAUGAUGAUUUAGUUUAUGAUGAGUUAAAAGCAGUUAUGUAUUCUGAUUCUGCAGUAGCAGGUGAAAGUGCUGCUUAUGCCAUUGGAUUGUUAAAAUUAGGGAGUGGAGAUGAAAAAUGUGUAGAUGAAUUGUUGGCAUAUGCACAUGAUACGCAACAUGAAAAGAUAACAAGAGCAUGUAGUAUAAGUUUAGGAUUUGUUAUGUUUCAAAAGGAAAAAGAAGCAGAUGCAUUAAUUGAAGAAUUAAUAAAUGAUAAAGAUGCUAUUAUAAGAUAUGGAGGUAUGUUUACUAUCGCUUUAGCAUACUGUGGUUUAUCAAAUUAUAAUAAACAUAUAAUAAAGAAAUUAUUACAUUUUUCUGUUUCAGACGUAAGUGAUGAUGUUAGAAGAGCAGCUGUUAUUGCAUUAGGUUUUGUAUUAUGUAAUACCCCUUCACAAGUACCCAUGUUUUUAAAUUUAUUAAUUGAAAGCUAUAAUCCACAUGUACGUUAUGGUGCUGCUCUAGCGUUAGGUAUUGCAUGUGCAGCAUCAGGAAAUGAAGAAGCAAUAGAUAUGUUAAUGCCGUUAUUAACAGAUACAACCGAUUUUGUUAGGCAGAGUGCUUUCAUAUCAUUAGGAUUAAUUUUUCAACAAUCAAAUGAACAUGUUAAUCCUAAUUUUAAAAAAUAUAAAGAUGAAAUUAUGAAAAUUUUAUCAGAUAAACACGAAGAUAUUAUGGCAAAAUUUGGAGCUAUUGUAGGUGCUGGCUUAUUAGAUAUAUGUGGAAGAAAUGCUGUUUCUACGUUUUUUACAAGAAGAGCUAAUAUUAUAAGACCGCAGUCAGCUGUUGGUUUUUGCCUGUUUAGUCAAUUAUGGUAUUGGUUUCCUUUAAUACAUAUGAUAAGCUUAACCUUUUUACCUACUUGUUUAAUUGGCCUUACAGAAGAUUUGAAAGUUCCUAAAAACUUUAGUGUUAUAUCUACUUGUAAAAAUCAUACUUUUGACUAUCCUUCUUUUUUAAGUAAGGAAAAAACGCAAGAAAAAAAAGAAACAGUCACAGCAGUCUUAUCUACAACUGCCAAGAGAAAAACAUUGAAAUUGAAGAAACAAAAAAGUGAUAACAAAUUAACAAAGGAAAAAACAGCACAAGACGACAAUAGUUCUGUUUUAUCUGAUGGAAAAUCUAUGAAAAAUUUAGAAAUUUUAAGUACAGCAGCUACAGUAGGUCAGUCUAGUCAUGUAUCUCAUGCAGAAAGCAUUGAAGGUAGUGCAAAUGACGAAAAUACGAACGAACAGGCAAAUGAUUCAAAUAAUUUUGCACAUCUACAAAAAAUUAAGAAACCUGACAGUAAAAGUAAAAAUACUAGUAUAUCGUCAUCCACUAAUAAUAACGUUGAUAUGAAAAACCCGUGUAGAGUUAUAAAAAUGCAAGAAAAGUUUAUUGAGUACCUACCCAGUGAUAGAUUCAAACCUAUUCUUCCAACACGAAAAUCGGGCUUUAUUAUGCUUAUAGAUACAGCGCCAUCAGAACCAUCCGACUUUAUAGAAUUAAACCUUGAGAAUAAUAGCAAGAAGGAAGCUCCUCCUUUUGAGCCUUUUGUGUGGAAAGAAGAAAAUUAA